CAGCCAGGUGCGGCACAAACCCAACUUGCCCAGCAUCGAGCAGACAUGGAACGGACUACUCGGAUGGACUCGCCGAGCCCCAACAUCUCCCGGCUGCUGCGAGAGCGAGAGCUUGGUGGGCAGCGCCCCGGUACCCAUCUGCAUCGGGAGCGCAAGGCCUAUCUGUCGAUCGUGCCGAACCACACCCUGCACAACAUCGUCUAUCCCCAGGGCCACUUUCGGAAAUUCACACCCGACGGACAGCAUCUCGUUUUCUAUACCCGGUGCUCUGUACAGGUAUACAAAUACCUCGGCCCGAGCGUCAACAGCCUCACCGUCGAUGCCCGCAACGUCUUCGACACCCUCUUUUCGCUCGAAUACGAAGUGCAUCUCACCAACGGGCCCGAGUCGAUCUGCAAGGAGUUCUGUCUGUUCUCUGCAGAUCACAAAUACAUGAUUGUCGCCUCAACGGUGUCGAGCAAUACCAUCCACGACCGCCAGCGGCGAUUCCCAAACUCCAUGCGCGGAAUGCAAGCCCUUGACAAUGUCACCUUCUGGAUCAUCUGCAUCAAAACAGGCGAGAUUACCGAUCGCCGUAUCUAUAAGGAUGACCACAUCUAUCUGCAGAACCAUUCGGGUGUACAUCUCAACGGGAAUCUCUUGGGCAUUGUAUCGGUCCCACAUCAGUCCAUUUAUAUCGUGCACAUAACGCCAUCGGGCAAGUUCAUCGAUGUCCGGACGAUUGGCUGGCUGAACUCCGAGGACGACGAGCUGCAUCUCCAAAAACACUGGGAUGCCGAGGAAAAAUUCCAGCGCAAGCAGUACGAGAGCGAGAGCGCACAUAGCCUGGACUACCUGCUGGAUUCGGGUGGCUCCUCGCCCGUGACGCAGCCGCCUCCGGUCCAGUUCUCGCGGGGAGGACGCUAUCACGGCGAUGCAUUUGACCCCAACCUGCAUCAAGUCCCUGUAUCGUCGGCUUCAGAUCCGUCUCGCUUCAAUAUCCUCAGUCGCAUUUGGAGCCAGACUUUUGCAGCCAUGGAUCCGCAGAUCUCGGACGGCGAGUCGAGCCAUAUGCCUUUGAGCGGAAUCAAGCACCGACUGAUGGCGUAUUUGUUCCGGCGGGCCGUGUCCUCCAAGAGCCCUCGCAUAAUGCGCCACUACUACAUGUCCUUCCAGCACUUUGCAUCUCUCGCCAUGUGGAGGAUGCAGUUCCUCGAUGACAGACACAUUUUGAUCAAGUUUGGAAGCCUGGAGCACGUCACCGGUCGGAGUUCAGACUCGGCGUCAUUCCAUACCUCUUUUUUUGCCAUCUACUCCCUCGAGACGACCCAUAUCAUCGGCGUGUAUGAAAGCAACUCGGAGGAGCUGCUCUCGAUGUAUGAGAAAUGGAACUGCCUUCAAUCGUCAUCGUCGGCGCUGCCGCUGCGGACCACUCCCCACUCGUUCAUAACCAACCCCUCCAACAACGAGUACGCACGCGAUGCGCUGCGGAAGCAAAUCCACUCGAUCCGCAAGGCGCGCAACGGCGGAAUGAUCCAAGCAAAUCGACGGGUCCUCCAGGCGCUUCCUGUUACUGCACAGUGCACUACGCCGAGUCCGUACUUUGACCACUCCAUUUUCAGCUACGAUGAGAAGGCCAUCACCAACACCGAAAAGAUACGCCAGUGUGUGGACAUUCCAAUCAAGUUUUACGAUCGGGAAACGGGGUCGCUCAAGUACAAGUUUGAUCUCGACAUCCAAUCCAAUCCGCAUGGAUAUGCUCCUCCGCCGCGCAACUCAAAACGAUAUGUAUCCUAUGUGUUCCAUCCUACAGAUCCGCUGUUUUUCGCUAUCGUUCAGUGCGCCGGACAGCCACCGGUUGUUAGUGUGCAUCUGCGUGCCUGAGCGCAGGGCAAGCCAGCUGUCGCUGUACUUGCCGAGCUUCCUGGCCGCCGAAUCGAGCCACAUCGGGCAGCGUCCUGCUCAAGUCAAUGGCUGCCUGCAAAAUCACGUCUCCACUGCACACAUCACGUCCCUCACCUGCACCGCAUCCCCAAAUCGCGUCGAAACAGCCACGGCGACAAAAAACAAAACUGACA